UCCGUGGAUGCGGUUGUUCAGAAAUGAUAAUAUUGUGGCUCGUGGGUGCUUUAAUUGUGCUCGUGCACUGGCUUUAUAGGGUCAACCAGGAUUACUGCGUUCUUGGGUUCUUCGCCAAAAGAAUUCGAACGAAGGAUGGGAAGCCCGUGGAAAGCGUAGCUCCCUUGGUCAAGGGCAGUACCAUAUUUGCCAACAGCUUCGACUUGUACGGCAAAGAUCACUCUGGUGUUUUUAAUCACUCACGUGACUGUGCAAAAAAAAUGGGCGAGAGCUACUUUGAAUAUGGGAUGGGAACGGCCAUUUACAAUGUUAUCGAUGCGCAUAACGCGGAACAUGUACUAAAUGAUCCGAAUCUAAUAAACAAAGCAAUUGUGUACAACUUUCUUCAUCCGUUUCUGAGAACUGGAUUGUUGACAUCCACAGGAAGGAAAUGGCACGCAAGACGGAAGAUGCUUACUCCAACGUUCCAUUUCAACAUACUGAAUCAGUUUCAGGAGGUCUUCAAGUGAGUUUAACAAAUUCAAUAUGACACAUAUUUUGAACUUAUAUU